AUGGCUCCAAGAGGUCAAGAUGCCAAGAAAGGUUCCAAGAAAGCAGUCAAGGCCCCACAGCCCAACGGUGGCAAGAAGAGGCACAGGAGAAGGAAGGAGAGCUACAGAAUCUACAUCUACAAAGUCCUUAAGCAGGUUCACCCUGAUACCGGAAUUUCUGGCCAAGCCAUUACGAUCAUGAACAGCGUCGUCAACGACAUCUUCAAGCGGAUUUCCGGCGAACCUUCUCGGCUGGGCAAAUGCAACAAGAAAUCUACCAGUCUAUUGACUAAACUUUUUAUUUGGCCUAUCAGUGACAGAUUUAGUCACAAUGUUUGGAUUCCUGUAUACACUUAAUUGCAACACAACAUGAUGAUCUUCUUUUU